GCGGGGCGGCGGCAGUUGUCUGGGCGGUUGGCUCACCACGCGGUUUGUGGAAUCUUCGAGGCUCGCUCGAGCUGAGGCUAGGCAGCUGGGGCGCGGUACGGGAGCCCGAGCGUGCCCGCUGCGGCGUCUAGUUUGGAGGACGGCGCGUCGUCUGCGAGUUCAUUGCGAGUGAGCAGCAAUCCGGGAGGCCAGGACAGGGGCGCGGCCGCAGCGGUGCGCAUAUGCUCGGGGCGAGUUCAUCCGGUGGCACGAGAGGCGCGGGGAAGAUGCUCCAGGUCCUGGUGCUGAAGAUUGAAGAUCCAGGUUGCUUCUGGGUUGUUAUAAAAGGGUGCAGUCCCUUUUUAGAUCAUGAAGUUGACUAUCAAAAACUCAGUCGUGCCAUGAAUGACUUCUAUAGCAGUAUGUGUCAAGAUAUAGAAAUAAAACCAUUAACGUUGGAAGAAGGACAGGUUUGUGUGGUUUAUUGUCAGGAACUCAAGUGCUGGUGCCGGGCUGUUAUUAAGUCGAUCGUGUCUUCAGCUGACCAUUACCUGGCAGGGUGUUUCCUUGUGGAUUUUGCCAGAUACAUUCCAGUGAAAUCCAAAAACAUCCGAGUUGCAGUAGCAGCUUUCAUGCAGCUUCCCUACAGAGCAAAAAAAUUCAGACUGUACUGCACAAAACCUGCCACGUUGCACAUUGACGUCUGUGAAGACAGCUCUGAGAUUGUACCCGCCAAGAAAUGGGACAGUGCAGCUGUCCAGUACUUUCAGAACCUUCUGAAAGCAGCUACCCAGGUGGAAGCCAAAUUGUGUGCUGUGAAAGAAGAUACUUUUGAGGUUUACCUCUAUGUAACUAUAAAAAAUGAAAAGGUUUGUGUUAAUGAUGAUCUGGUUGCAAAGAACUUCGCAUAUUACAUAUCACCUAUGGAAAAUAAAAACCUUGAUGCUCUAGAGAAACCAAGAUUGAAUAUGAAGACAGCAUCCUUUUCCAAUAAACUCAAUCCAGCACUUACUCUUUGGCCAAUGUUUUUGCAAGGAAAAGAUUCUCAAGGGAUGGAAAGUGAGUGGAUUCUCAUCAUUGCCACCUUGGCCUUUUCGGGCUGUCAUGUCCGAGUCCUUGAUUCGGGAAGACUGCCAGGCUCCAUCUGGGCCCCCGUCCCUGCAUCCUGGAAGCUCUGUCUACACAGUAAAACUAUAAAAUGUAAUGCGGAUUCACUGAGUUCACCUAAAAAAACACCUGAAAAGAACCAGCAGUGCAUCUCUUUAAAAGAUGUAAAUAAGUAUGUGAAAUCUUCAGUGUACUGGCCGUCAAAAAGAGGCAUAACCAUAUAUGCUGAUCCAGAUAUACCAGCAGCAAGCGCUUCCUGCCAGAAGCCACCUGCGAAGCCGCUGAGGCUGGCUGAGAAGAGGGAGCACAAUGAGAAGAAUGGCUGUGUGAAAUUAUUGCAGUUUCUAAAUCCUGAUCCUUUGAGAGCUGAUGGAAUCUCUGAUCUUCAGCAGUUGCAGAAGCUGAAGUCGGGCUCCCGGCAGCCCUUGGUGGUGCUGCGGAACAAGAUCGAGCCCUGCUUAUCCAUUGACACGGCGCCACUCUCCGCAGACCUGAGAAAGGCUCUUCAAAGGAAUAAGUUUCCGGGACCCAGCCACACUGAGUCUUACUCUUGGCCUCCCAUAGCACGUGGCUGUGAUGUGGUGGUCGUUUCUCACUGUGGAAAUGAUCCUCUGUUGUACCUUCCACCAUUGCUUACAAUUUUGCAAACUGGGGCCUGCUACAAGUCAUUACCAAGCAGAAACGGACCUCUGGCAAUCAUCGUGUGCCCUGGCUGGAAAAAGGCCCAGUUUAUUUUUGCAUUACUGGGAGACUACGGCACGUCCUCCAGGCCGCUGCAUCCUAUGUUGCUGACAGUCGGACUCCACAAAGACGAAGCCAAAAAUCUGAAGCUUCCAAGGGGGUGCGAUGUGAUUAUUACUACACCCCACAGCCUCCUGAGGCUUCUCCAGUAUCAAAGCUUGCUAUUCCUUAGACUCUGUCACCUCGUUUUGGAUGAGGUGGAAGUACUGUUCUCUGAAGCCAACGAGCAAAUGUUUGCUAUAUUAGAUAACUUCAAAAAAAAUAUUGACGUUGAAGAAAGGGAGUCUGCUCCACAUCAGAUUGUUGCAGUUGGAGUUCACUGGGAUCGACAUACAGAGCAGUUAAUCAGAGAGUUCAUGAAUGACCCCUACGUCGUGAUCACGGCCAUGGAGGAGGCUGCCCUCUACGGCAAUGUGCAGCAGGUAGUACACCUUUGCCUGGAAUGUGAAAAAACCUCUACUUUGCUCCAAACUCUUGAUUUCAUUCCAAGUCAGGCACAAAAGACCUUGAUCUUCACCUGUUCUGUAGCUGAAACAGAAGUAGUGUGUAAGGUAGUAGAGAGCAGUUCCAUAUUUUGCUUGAAGAUGCAUAAAGAAAUGGCUUUUAAUUUUAAAAGUGUUUUAGAACAGUGGAAGAAGAAGUUAAGUUAUGGCUCUCACAUUGUAUUAGCCUUAACAGAUGACUGUGUACCACUUCUGGCCAUCACUGAUGCCACCUGUGUGAUCCACUUCAGCUUUCCUUCCUCGCCCAGAAUUUUUGGUGGACGCCUGUAUUGCAUGUCCGAUCAUUUUCAGAGUUUAACGGAACAGGGUUCUCCUGCAGAACAGGGAGAUAAAAAAACCAAAUCUGUCUUGCUGCUGACGGAGAGAAACGCAUGCCACACAGUUGGUGUCCUGCACUACUUGGAGCGAGCAGAUGCCAAGAUCCCUUCAGAGCUGUAUGAGUUUACUGCGGGGAUUCUGGAAGCCAAAGAAGAUAAAAAAGCCAGAAGGCCUCUUUGUCCGUAUCUUAAGGCUUUUGGUUUUUGCAAGAACGAAAGGAUCUGUCCUGAUCGACACCAUGUUAAUCCCGAAGCAGACAUGCCAAGGAAAUUAUCCAACCAAGCUCUUCCAGUGUUUGGAUACAUAAAAAUAAUACCCUUUUAUAUUUUGAAUGCAACGAAUUACUUUGGUCGUAUAGUUGGUAAGCAUGUGGAUCUUUAUGCAACUCUUAAUGCUGAAAUGAAGGAGUAUUUUGAGGAUUCCACUGAUAAAACAGCUGUUGAAAAGGUGGAGAAAUGUGGAUUAUAUGGAUUAGCAGAAAAAACAGUUUUUCACAGGGUUCAGGUGCUGGAGGUAGGCCAAAAAGAAGACACAUGGGCCCCGGAUAACGUUCUGGUGAAGUUUAUAGACGAAGGCAGGACUGGACUGGUCACAGGAGACCAGCUGCUGCAGCUCCCGGAACGCUUCCACACUCUGCCCCCCCAGGCCGUGGAGUUUAUUGUUUGUAGAGUGAAACCCGCUGACAAUGAAAUUGAAUGGAAUCCAAAGGUUACUAGGUACAUUCAUCAUAAAAUUACUGGAAAACUGCACGAUGCAAAAGUGAUGUUGGCUUUAGGAAAUACAGUUUGGGUUGAUCCAAUGGUGCACAUUACAAAACUUCCAAACUUGAAAACUUCUGUCGUUGAUUACAACGUCCGGGCUGAAAUUUUGUCAACGGGAAUGGGCAUUGAUAACUCAGAGCACAUAGAACAACUGAAAAAAUUAUACAAAGGAGCUAACAUGCCAGCUUUCGAAGACGGCCCAAGCCAGACCCUGAUGCCUUCUUCAACAGAAGAUAGUGCUUGUCUGCAGAGCACGCGGCAGGAGGACAUGGGCUCAGAGAGAGGUGCUGACUCCGAGACAAACUCAGAAAAUGAAAAGCAUGAAACUUCAUCUGAAAACACUGGAGAUGCUUCCAUUAACAAAACUACAGCGCCUCUGAAAAGCUUCCACCCACAGAUAAAGUGGUUCCAAAAGGAGGAUGUCGUCAUACUGAAGAUAAAAAUAAGGAAUGUAAAAGAUUACAAAUGUAAAUAUUUUAGAGAUAGAGUCGUUUUCAGUGCCUGGGUGGGAGAGAAAUUUUACCUCGCUGACAUGGAGCUGCAGGCCAACAUCAUAAAAGAUGACUGCAAAUGCGUCAUCGAGCAUGAUGAACCCAUCAUCACUCUUGCCAAAGAGAGGAGGGAAUCCUGGCGUGGCCUGCUCAGACAGCGGAACCCCAAUGUGGCUUUUGACUUUGACCACUGGGAAGACUGUGAAGAGGAUAAGGAUAGCCACUUCUCCAACGUUGUAAAUUCUAAAAACCUGCCCCGCAAAGCGGCACAGUUGAUUGACACCAGUGACGAGUCUUCGGAGGAAGACGAGAGCGAGAGUGAAUGAGACGUGAAUGAAGACCUGCGGGGCAGCCAGGGGCCUCCGAACAGAAACGGACACGUGACUGAAAGCUAAGAAAACAGGCAGUCAUGUUCAAAAUUUUUUCAUCUCAAGGGUAAAUAAUGGCAAAAAAAUUCUUGACUGAUUUGCACGUGGGCUGACGAGGAGACUGUGGAGGGAAGGUGGAAGCAGAUACGCGGUGCAAGACUGGCAGCCGCGCUCGCGCCGCUUCUCCUGCGAAGCCCUCGGCACAUUCAAGCGGAGGGACGGGCACGCCGUGCACGUGGGCGACGAGUUUGUUCCAUCUGGAGUCAGUUUGUUUUGUUUUUUUCAUUGAGGUCUGUAUGUGGUGCAUUCCUUAAAACCUGGUCCUGUGCAUGUAAGUGGAGGUUUCUCUCUUACAGGUCAUACCCUGCACUGCUUAACAGACCUUUUCAACCGCGGCUUGGUUAGUUGGGUUUCCACGUAACUGUCUGUGUGCUAGUACACCUGAUAAUCUCUAGAUACUGACACUUACCCAAGGUAGGUUCACUUCUCGUGACAAGGCGGUCCGAGGAUGAGAAGGGGGUGGCCUCAGCAAAACCAGCCCCACCCAGGGCUCCUGGGGGAAAAGCCGGUGCUCCUGAGGAAGCCCGGCAUCCUGCAGGGUCCUGGGCAAACUGAGAGGCCUGUGCGGGGUGCCUGGUGCUCAGAACACCUGCGUGUGGUGAGCCCCGCAGACACUCAACGGCCCCAUCCUGGGGUGAGGCUGCGGCGCCCAGGAGCACCAGGUUUAUCAAGAGGCAUGUGUGUUGUCAGCGCCGCCUCCCGUGAACUGAAGAGGCCAGGAGAGCUGCUGGGAGACGGACCCCCCAGCACCGCGUCCGUGGCCCGACAGCCCAGAAGUGGGAGAACGUUGACAGGACGUGACUGCUGUGACUGUCCCCAAGAUCUGUAGUCAUUUUAUACAUCAGAAGGCACAGGUGCCCACGUUUGUGUCUGUCUCGGGUGUAAACCACCACCUGAGCGAGAGGUGAAUGCUGUCAUCAAGCUGUCGUGUCCUGUGAGCAGGUGUGGGUCACCCUCUGGCUCUCAGUUUCCUCAUCUGUAAAAUAAGAUACUCUGCUCCUUGUGGGGUCUUGCCUGGCCUCAGGGGGGCCCCCAGAGCACUGCGGGGCAGGUCAGGCCGCUGUCCUCUGGUGGGAUGAUGCAGCGUCCAGCCUGGACCACUGCUGGGAGUGCACCUUUGCUGCCCUGGGACUCCCGCGAGUGGACUGGCAGGUGUCCGACUGGCACGUGAAGUGGACGGGGAGUGACUCACCCUCCUCUUGGCUAAACUGGGCAGGCCCUUGGGAAGCGCGAAGUUCUGGUGUCUUUUCCUGGCAAAGGUUCUGACUCUGCGAAGCUCUUUUGACAUCCUCAUCACGGAUCUGUUUCUGUAGAUACAGCUUUGCUCCCGCUGGGGAGGCCUUUGGGUUGGCGGCAAGCCUCCUGAGCUGCACUGGCUUCCCCUGAGGCUGUUGGCCACCUGCAGUGUGUGCUGGGCUGUGUUGUCUCCUUUGUAAGCCGGAGCAAAUGAUAGUAGCGGGUAACAGAGCUGCACAAGUGUGUGUUUCCCAUGUUAAGUGGGGGGGGGUGUCCCGCUC